AUGAAAAAUGUUAAAAAAAAGAGGGAAAAAAUUCCGCUGACUUGUCAAAUCCAGUUCCCGUACCCACGCAAUCCUUCCUUGCCCUUGCCCACCGAAAAUUUAAAUAUCCACAGAAGCACCUUACUAAAUGCUACUGACAACCACCUUCUUCCCCCGCCAAUACCAGCCACCGCCAAAAUCCACCGGUUGCCCAAUGCAAAGGCGCAGCCGAUUGACAUAGACACUACGAACCCACAAAUUCAACGCCAUCACACAAUGUCUCCCAAGAAAAGAUCUCCACCUCCUUCAACCGCUAACGAUCUCAAGCACAGAGUCAUCACCUGCCUCGACAAGCUCUCCGACCGUGCCACUCUCUCUCUCGCCGCAACUGAGCUCGAGUCCAUCGCUAAGACCCUCAAUCACGACUCCUUCUCCCCUUUCAUCAACUGCAUUCAUAAUACCGAUUCUUCCUCCAAGUCUCCCGUUCGCAAGCAAUGCGUCAACCUCUUGACCGUCCUCUCCAACUCCCACGGCAACUCCCUCUUUCCCCACCUCCCCAAAAUGAUCUCCACCGUCACUCGCCGCCUCCGCGACCCUGACUCCGCAGUACGAUCCGCCUGCGUCGAGGCCACAGCUGCUAUGUCCUCGCGGAUCACUGAGGCGCCGUUUUCUACUCUGUCUAAGCCGCUUAUUGAGCUGUUGACGCUUGAGCAGGAUUUUAAUGCUCAGAUCGGUGCCUCCAUGUGUUUGGCAGCGGCGAUUGACGCGGCGCCGGAGCCAGAGACGGAGCAGUUAAGGAAAUUGUUGCCGAGGCUGGGGAAGUUGGUGAAGGGCGAGGGUUUUAGAGCGAAGGCAGCUUUGUUGACUGUGAUCGGUAAUAUCGUUGGAGUAGGCGGCGCGUCGAGUAAGGGCGUGUUGGAUUGGUUGGUAGCAUGUUUGCUGGAGUUUCUGAGCAGUGAGGAUUGGGCAGCCAGAAAGGCUGCGGCGGAGGCCUUAGGAAAGAUGGCUCUGGCGGAGAAGGAACUGUCGAAGGAACAUAAAGCUGCGUGUUUGAGUUCCCUCGAGAGCAGGAGAUUUGAUAAGGUGAAGGCAGUUCGGGAGACUAUGAAUCGGACCUUGGAGUUGUGGAAGGAAGUUCCUGGAGUAUUUGAUGAAGUUUCAGAAUCGUCUCAAUCAAAAUCUUCUUCAAUAGAUGCUAUUGGUGAAAGCUUCCCUUCUGCCUCUGAUGAUUCUCAUAAAGUCGGUUUUAAAUCUCCUCAACCAAAGAAAACAGUCCACGCAAACAGGUCCCCCCAAUUUGAUUCUUCGUCUGUGACCACUGCCAGAAAACAAAACUCCGUAAAGAGUCAAAAUGACAAUCCAAAGACAGCAAUGAGUCAUAAAAUGGACCACAGGAAAACUUCUGCCUGCAAAACUGAAAUUGCUCUUCCAAAAGACGCUGGCUGUGGAGAUGAUAUCAAAAGGGGUAAUUCUGGAGUUUUUCAAUCAGAGGAGGAUGCAAACAAUGAGAAAUGUAGGCCAGAUUCAGAAACAAAACAUGUCCUCUGCAGUAGCAUCCGAGAAGAUAAACGGCACAAAUUCGGUGGUCUGAGAUCUGGUUCGAGGGUGGUUCCAUUUGAUGAUGAUGAUAACUUUUACAACAAAAAUUUUGAGGCCGAUAAUCCUGAUGAAGAAUAUUUUAAGAACAAUGAAGAUAUUGAGGAUCUGUCUUUGAUAUGUGAUCAACUUAGGCAGAUUGAAAACCAGCAAUCCAAUCUUUUCGUCAUUCUCCAGAAAUUUAUUGGGAGCUCCCAGCAUGGGAUAAAUUCUCUGGAGACACGUGUUCACGGCCUGGAGAUGGCACUGGAAGAAAUUUCAUAUGACUUGGCAUUAUCAAGUGGAAGGAUUGCUAAUACUGACUAUGCAGAUAACACAUGUUGCAAACUGCCUGGUGCAGAAUUCUUGAGUUCUAAGUUCUGGAGGAGAACAGAAGAUAGGUAUUCUACUUCAAGGUUCUGUUCGCCUGGGAGCAUGCAAUCACUGGAUGCUGCACAAAACAAUUACAGUAAAGAUGCCAGCUCCAGAACAUUCAAUGCAAAUAGCCAAAGAUUUCAGCAUCAAAAUAAGAGUGGAUUCAUCUUGAAUUCAUUGACUGAUGUUCGCAGUGUGGCCAAGAGGAAUUUGGGGUUCUAUACAAAUCGAAUGUCAAAUAACAUAAUUCAAGAUAACGAACAAGUUCAAAAAGCCAACUUGGAAUAGAAAAUCUCCAUCAAUUUCCUGUACAGUAUAAGUGAACUUAUGCGACAGGUUCUCUGCUUAAACAAUAUUGACCAAGAACAAGCAUCCUUGGCUAUCAAAACCUGAAGAUGGCACCGAGUCUGCCACAGAAGGUCUUGAAUGUGAAAUUUCUGAAUUGCUGCUGCCUUCUUAUCCAUUAUUUGGGACUGGAGUAAAAUAUCAUCCAAAUUCCCUAAUUUAGAGGCAGCAUUCUCCUUUUAUAUGGGUGCCAGAGCAUGUCUCUGCAUUUAAGCUUUUCUUAUUUAGCACUUGCUUCCUCACUGAUACAACCUGUACUGUACAGAUCCUUGCGGCUUGUUAUACUUGUUUAGUAUGGUGAAUAAAAGCGUCCAUUUUUGUGGAA